GCCGCCCUCCUUGUCUCUGCUUCUCUUCCUCCUUUCCCUUUCUGCUCUAUCUCCUCCAUCUACCUCCUAUCCCUCCUAUUCCUCGGUCGUAACAUCUUCUCCUCCCGCGGCCGAGUCAGGUAAAAGACGAUCUUCUUAUCUCCAAGUCCCAUACUCCCAUAUCCUCUUCAUCCUCCUCCUACCCCGGACUUACAGCUCAUGUUCCCAAAACUAAAAGCACAGUAUCAGUUGCUUGCUUGGUUUGCCCCACAGGCCACAGCUGAGAAAAAUUAAGCGCUUCUAAGAAUUAGCGCCAUGGUCUUCACCAGAUUAUGCAGGCCCCGCUACCAACCGCCGUUUCUGAUCAUUCCCAACUCCGAUCGUACGCUGCCGAGACCUGCAACUAAAUCUCUCCGUCAAGCGAGAAGGAGAGUAGAGCGCAGGAAGCUUGUGGUGAGGGGUUGUAAAGAAGAAGAUGGGGAGAAGAAGAGGGAGGGGAGAAGCUUUCUUAGCCUCGAAGAAGCCGGGCUCGUCGAGAUGUCCGGCCUCAGCACCCAUGAGCGCUUCCUCUGCCGACUAACUAUAUCGUCAUUGAAUCUCCUGAGGGUAAUAUCGGAGCAAGAGGGAGUACCAAUUGAGGAGCUCAACGCCGGUCGAAUUUGCGACUGGUUCUUGAAAGACAAGCUCAAGAGAGAGCAGGAUGUGGGCUCUGCAGUCCUUCAGUGGGAUGACUCUGAGUUCCAGUUGUAGCAAUUUAGUUGUACCUGAGCAAUAUUUUUCUGGGAAUUAGAGACCAUUUGAUUCGCGAUUCCAAAAGAAAAUCUGUUCAGAGUGAUAAUUGAUUUUCUUGUUUGUUCGGCUUGCGAGAUUUGAAACAAAAGUUUGCACUGGCUCAAAGAUGUUGAAACUCAAAUCUUACUUCCUUUUGGAUAGUGUUUUGUUUUUCUUAAAACUGGUUAGGGACAAUUUUUGAUAAUUGCAGAAUUUUUCACUGAUCGAA